AUGGAAAAUGAAAAAAAACAAGUUUCUAAAUUAAAACGGGUCGUUGACAACGACAAAAUUGGCGAAUGUAAUGAUAAUUGUGGUAAUAACAACGAUAAUGAUGUUGAUAUUGAUGUCGAUAUAGAAAAAAAAGCAAGUUGUGAGAUUAUUGAAGAAAAUUCUCCAAUCCCAAUGGUUGUGGCGGCUGUCAGCAUAGAAGAUAAUCCGAAAUUACCAUGUUUAACAUUUCGUUUUUGGAUAUUAAGUACCUUUUUUACAAUACUUGGUGCGACACUUUCAGAGUUCUAUUAUUUUCGUCCUAAUGGCAGACCAUUCAACAUCAAAGAACAUGUUUGUAUAGCUGUAGCAACAGGCGCAGGUGGUGGAUCUGCAUACGCUACGCCGGUGAUGGCCGAAGCUGAACACGCAAAAGCCGAAGCCAUAUUUGUAGUGGAAUUAGUAGGAGGAGUAAAAGUAAUUGAUGGUGGUAACUUAGAAGAAGAAGGUGGUGGAAGAGGAUAA